CAAUAUACUAGUAUAGCCUAUACAGCUCCGAGCCCCGGACUGCACCCACCGAUCCAUGUGGGCUUCUGUCACCGGUAACGGCAUUCGAUUUUUGCGUUACUGCUAUGUAUGCCUGCCACCUGUCACGCCCACUCCAUCAUCCCUGUCCCUGCUGACUCGUUUUGGCGCCCUAGUUUCAAUGGAGAACAACAGUUCCUUCUCUGCUUUUGCUCAUUCCAGUAGAAGUGGUGGUAGGGGAAGAGGUGGGACCAUGAGGGAUGAUCGAGAAAGAUCAAGAGGCCGUGGUGGUGGUGGUGGUGGCGGCGGCAGUUCUGGCAAAGAUAAAAUUGACGCUCUUGGGAGACUCUUGACUCGUAUAUUACGGCAUAUGGCUUCUGAGUUAAACUUGAAUAUGCGGAGUGAUGGGUAUGUCAGAGUUCAAGAUUUGCUAAAGCUGAAUAUGAAAACAUUUGCCAAUAUCCCAUUAAGAUCACACACAAUUGAUGAUAUUAGGGAGGCUGUCAGGAAGGAUAAUAAGCAGCGAUUUGGCCUCCUAGAAGAAAAUGGGGAGCUUUUGAUUCGGGCAAACCAAGGGCACACAGUAACGAUAGUUGAAUCUGAAAGCUUACUAAAACCAAUCCUUUCGGCUGAAGAAGUUACUGUGUGUGUACAUGGAAGCUAUAAGAGGAAUCUGGAAUCAAUUUUGGAAUCUGGUCUCAAACGCAUGAAGAGAUUGCAUGUUCACUUCUCAUGUGGCUUGCCAAUGGAUGGGGAAGUAAUUAGUGCAUGGUUAACGAACCAGAAGAAGAGAGGAGGGGAAUAGGGUGUGUGAUGGGGUGAGAAUAGAUAGAUCAAUGCUACUAGGUGGGUUCCCCAAAUGUUUAUGAUGGCAGCUCCUUUAAUCUUUGUAUCUACAGAAAAUUCCAUUGUGGUUGUCUUAACUUUUUAGUGAGGUGCAUAGGGACCUCAAAUGGAAACUAUCAGCCUCUUGUCUGUUCCCCAAAAGGGGAAAGUGUCAGUGAAAGGAAAAAGUGUUGCUUGAAUUUCCUUGAAGGAAUUUCAGAUAUCUAUGCAUUCCAGACUUAUUUUUCAACCUUGGGCAGUUAGAUUUUAGGGCUCUCAUGACCGAUUUGGGACAUAACUGAAUUGUGAGGAAGGAAUUAAAAAUGAAUAUUCUGCAUUGUGGUAAAAGAAGGAUAUCGCUUUGUGGAUAAGCUUCAUAAACAAAUAAUAACAAAAACAAAAAUAAAAUAUAACAUUUCGAGCUUGGGUAUCUGAAGUAUU